UUUGGAAGCAUUCUUCCGGCUCUGUACAGCUCCGCGCGAGCUGACAGCGGAGUGCUCUGGCCACAGUGUGGGAUCUGUCCGUCCCCUGCCCUGGAUGAGGGUCGGGGGGGAAACAGUACACCGAACCCGGCGUGAGGAGAGUCCCAGGGUCCUGGGUAAGGGUCAGAGAUGCGGACGUUGGGUCUCACGUUGGUUCAGUGCCUGCUGAGUGCCUCCUUAGUCAUUGAGGGCAGUCUCCGCUGUACCUGGGCAGAGACUCUCCCUCCCCCGACUGAUUUGUCUGUGACUUUGAAGGGAAUCGGUUUCAUUAAUUCCACCUGGACCUGGAAACAGCCAAGUUAUUUAGAAAACUCCUCCAGCAUAAUCAUCAAGUUUGAGAGCAUGUUUAAGUAUGAUGGUGCUGAGUGGGACGAAAGACAAAGAAAGCCUUUUCUGACCCGUGAAGAUAAGGUGAUUCUUAACCGAGGAAUGACUUUCAGAGUGAGGGCAUUGGUGAUAACUGAAAGCUGUGCAUGUCAACAAAGCAACUGGACUGAGAAAUAUAUCCCUCCUCCAGAAGGAGAUGCCAACACUGCUGUCAGGAAGUUCAGAUGUAUUUACUACAAUUUUGAAUAUAUAAAUUGCACUUGGGACAUUGGAAGUAAAAUACCAGCUGACACAGUCUAUCACUUAAAUUACUGGCAAAAGGGUAUGGAUGCCAUUCAGAACUGUACCAGUUACUUACCAAAAGAUGGCAGGUUGGACGCUGGUUGCCACCUUCAACAUGAUCAGUUCAAUGAUGAACAGGACUUAAAUAUUUGUGUCAUGGGACAAAGUGCUCACGCAAAGAUAAAGCCGUUCUUCUACAAUCUAGAAACAGCGAGUUUCGUGCAACUGUCUCCUCCUUGGGGAAUCAACAUUUCUAAGAUGGACAAAGUGUUUCGCAUCAGCUGGAAUCCCGCAGCUCACUGGAACCAAAAAUGCGUGAUAUAUAGAGUACGAAAGAGCAACACGAUGAGAAGUGAUUGGAUUGUCUACGAGUCCGUCAACCCAGAAAUGAUUAUUCCAGACGCAGACCCGAAUGUUCAGAAUGUAGUGCAGGUACAGGCCAUGUACACCAUCACUUGCGGAGACAACGGAAUCUGGAGUGACUGGAGUGAAGAGGCAUUGUUCGGAGAAGACAUUGGGCCAGGUUGGAAUUGGAAAGUUGCUUUACUCAUCAUUGUCCCCAUCCUGGUGGCAGCCUCUGCAAUCACACUCCUUACCUACUUGAAACAGCUUCAGAUCUUGAUCUUGCCACCAAUCCCUGAUCCAGGAAAGCUUUUUAAAGGCAUGUUUAGUGACUCCAAUGGAAACAAUGUGAUGUGGAGUAAGCAACCAAAGGAAAGCCUAAUUUUCAAGACAGAAGAAGAAAUAACUUGCAAGGUGACAAACGUCGAGCAACUGAGAGUGACCUCUGCGGAGAAAGAAGCGAAACUGGGUGAGACCAAGACAUUGGAAGAGGAGGAAACAUUCAUUACAUUUGUGGAUGAGGCUAGUCUUCUGGAUAAUGACAGUGUACAUUUUAACCUGGUGAUGUCUUGAACGGAACGUUUUCCCAUGUUGUGUUGUUUAAUGGGUCAAGACCCAUAACAUUAUUCGUGCACAAAUAGAAAAUUCUCUUUCGCAACAAUGCAUAGACUGCUCAGGACAGCGCCCUGUCAGUGGAUUCCAAGAAUGAAUGACCAAGCUGUCAGAUUUAGGGUAUUUUGCAUCAUACCUGCAUCUAAUUAACUGCUGUGACAUUUGACAGAGACCACUACAGGUUCAGUCCACUUAGCUCGUGUUAAUGAAAUUGUGAUAUGUUUCUUUCCUCGUGCUGUACAGGUGGUUCCCAGUCAGUGAACUGGUCAGCAGUCUGUGAGCUUGUACAGUGCCUAGCAUUGAGCACGGCUUACUGUUUGAUAAUUAUCUGUAUGUUGGGGAGAUGCCAAGCACCGACCCAUCAAGCACGAACCACUCACUUUGUGUCGAAGCCUGUCAAAUACCAGCCUUUUCGCAAGAGAGCAUUUCCAAACAUGCAACACCUUACCUGGUCAUUAACUAUCAAUCUCUGUUGUUUAUUAGAUUGAAAUCAAGGAACUGGUCACCAUGAACAUACAGCAGACACAUGUGUGCACAGCAGACAAAAGCAUGCAGCAAACUCAUACUUCGACAAAUGUACACCAGGUACAUAAAAGCAUUCGCAUGCGUGUGUAUAUGUACACAUGCACACACUCAAACUCUCUCUCUUUUUCUCUCAAUCCCUCUUUUUCUCUCUCUCACGCUCUCUGUCUCUCUGCCAGAUGCAUCCACAUGCAUUUGAACAUUGGUGGAUGAAUAUCAUUAAGAUUUUCAAUCUUGACUGAUGGAGACUAACCAUGUAAAUUGUGUUUCCUUUGGUGCAUAAACUGAAUUUUGAACCUCUGAACUUGUGGUGAGAGGCCAAAAUGUUGUUUAUAAGAGUAUUUGGAUGAAAAGUUGCCAGAUUACAAACAGCUGCUUCACAGUAACCAUUUUCCAAACCGGAAUCUCACGGAUAGAGAAGUCCAGGCUUCUGUUAAUUCAACAAUGCAAAAGAAACAGUGCAGCAGACUGAAACAGAAUGCACAAAGUUCAAUCAUGAUGUGUCAUUGAUUAACUUUCCUGUGAUUUACUGCAGUAUCCCAGUGAGCACUUUAUAAUCACUAAAAUUGGUGUACACUGGUUCAAUUGUAGAAUUUGCAAGCUUUGUUAAAAAAAAACAUUAGUUAUUUCUGAGUGGUGGAAUGGCAGAAGGAAUUAUGGACCAUACUUUCAGAGGGAGACAGUGGGGUCUGCAGAUGCUGGAGAUCAGAGUUGAGAGUGUGUUGCUGGAAAAGCACAGCAGGUCAAGCAGCAUCCAAGGGGCAGGAAAAUUGAUGUUUCAGGCCGGAGCUCUUCAUCACGAAAUGAAGGGCUCCAGCCCAAAACGUUGAUUUUCCCAGUCCUCAGAUGCUGCCUGGCCUGCUGUGCUUUUCCAGCAACACACUCUCAACAGUAAUUUCAGAGGUUCCAGUUUGAGAGCAGAGCGAGGGGUGUUUAAAUGACAGUCAGAAUGAAAGAUAAAUUUCUGUCUGAGUCAGGUAUCCUUCAUCGAAACACAACAAAUAGAGUUGCAGAAAUGUGAAAUAAAAACAAUUUUUGCUGGAAGUGCUCAGCAACUCAGGCAGCAUCUAUGGAGAGAGAAACCCAGAUGGGUUUUCAAGUUUGAAAGCUCCUUCAACAAAGGCCGUUCCUGCUCUACCUUUACAGCUGUUUACUUCAACUUUGGAAAGGCAUUUUCUAAUUUUGUACUCAAUUUUUAACUGACUUUGUGUACUCUCUAGAGGAACCACCACAGUUGUGUUUGUGUGCUGAUUUUUCUUUGACGCAUUUUCUUUGGGCACAUUGUUCUGCAGAUAACCUAUUACUUAGUGAUAACACUUCUCACGAUUUUCUAUAAACCCAUCUUCCAAAUGGUGGAGAAUCAUUGUACAUAUACAUUCCAGUCUUUCUUCUCUUAAGGAGAAAUGUUUACUUGUGUAUAUGAUGUGAAAUUGUCAAACCUUCAAUAAAAAUUUUAUUAUGUUUGAUUAUUUUCAUUCCCAAA